CCUCCCCAAAAAAAACCCACCAAGCUUCUGAAUUUGUAGUUUAUGGCUAUAACUAUGGCUUCCAAGAAGCUCCUCGCCUGCAUUUUGGUCCUCUCCCUCCUUCUCUCCUCAGAAUUCUCUAAUGGCUGUGAUCCUUGCAAGCCCAAGCCUAAGGAAACUUGCCCCAGAGACGCAUUGAAGCUAGGGGUUUGCGCAGACCUGCUCGGACUGGUUAAUGUUGUAGUUGGCGGUCCUCCUUCAGGCAACAAGUGUUGUGCUUUGCUUGCAGGUUUGGCUGACUUAGAAGCUGCUCUUUGUCUAUGCACUGCCAUUAAAGCUAAUGUGCUUGGAAUCAACUUGAACGUGCCGGUUACACUAAGCUUGCUCAUUAGUGCAUGUGCAAAAUCCAUUCCUCCUGGCUUCCAAUGUGCAUAAAAAUAAUAAAUGAGCGAUCUGGCCAUUAAUUUCUGCUUUGUGUGCUAAUAUAGUUUAAUUGGUGCGUUAAUCUGUUAGAGCUUUCUUUUUCGGUUGCUUUAAAGAAAGGCCAGUAAUUUUUUUUUUCUUUUUUCUAAUAUUUGAACGUGUGAUUUUUUUCAAUAACUAGGCAAGUCUAUGUUGCCUCUAAUAUUUGAUGUGUGAUUUGUUCUAAUAACUAGGCAAGUCUAUCUUGUCUAGCAUAUUAUUGUA